ACAGGAACCUUCUGUACUUUGGACCAUUGACCCUCCUUUAUUUCUAGACUUGUUAUUAGUCACCUGGACCGCGAUUCACCAGGAAGCUGAGGUUAAAAACAUUAAAAACAGCGAUAAUGACUUCCGCUGAGAUGCACGUGGAGACCUAUUUGUCGCGCAUCGGGUUUGCGGGCCCAGCCGAGCCCAGCCUGGAGGUGCUGCGGUCGGUCCACACCUGUCACCUGCUGUCGGUGCCGUUUGAAAACCUCACGGUGCACAGCGGCGGGCGGGUUCACCUCGCUCUCCCUCUCCUGUAUGACAAGAUAGUGACACAGCGGCGGGGUGGUUUCUGCUUUGAGAAUAACGGCCUCUUCUCCUGGCUGCUGUCCACACUGGGUUUCCAGGUGACUCUGCUCUCCGGUCAGGUGAGGAACCACAUCACGUGUCGCUACGGGCCACCUUUUGACCACCUGGUCCUCAUGGUAAGCCUUGAUGGGCAGCGCUGGCUGUGUGACAUCGGGUUUGGUGCCUCUGGUUUCAGUGCUCCCCUUUCCCUGGACACCAGUGGCCCCCAGGAGCAGGGCCACAGGGUGUACCGCAUCAGAAAGGAUAAGGAGAUGCACUUUGUGGAGUGGCAGGAGGAGGAGAACAGAGGGGCACAUGGAGACUGGACGCAGAUCUACAAGUUCACCCUGGAACCUCGGCGGCUGGAGGACUUUGAAGAGAUGUGCCAGUACCAUCAGAGCUCCCCCAGCUCCAUCUUCUUCUGCAAGUCCAUCUGCACGAUCUUAAAGCCAGGUGGGAGGCUCAGCUACAUCGGCCACAGACUGACCAGCACCACAUUCCCAACAGAGGGAACAGUGUUGGAAACCACAACCAGGGAACUUAAAGAUGAGGAGAUACCUGGUAUUCUAGCAGAGGAAUUUAAAGUUGUACUGAAGUCUCCGCUCAUACCAAAAGAUGAGGAAAUCACACCUCCGCCGGUCAUGUAUUGAUCAUGCUUCCACAGGGGACAUCUUUACACCUCUGUAGGCAAAGUGAUGUAGAAAUAUAUCUCAUCAAGAUGGCUACAAACUAUCUUUGACUCAUGAAGUAAUUAUUUGAAGUAGAAUUACCACCUCAUGGUUGUAUGCCUCCGUGCACCAGUCAGGUUGCAUGUACAGCUUACAUCCAUCACUGAAAUCAGGGAUGUCACAGUGAAGUUGACCCUUGACCUUUUGGAUCUGUAUUGGGUCUGUUCUGAAUUGCAUACUUUUUUAAAAAACUGUUAGUAGGUACUGCAGCUGGCCUUAAAAAGUAUGUACUUUUGCAUGCAGGACAUACUACCUCCCUACAACAUUACACUCUGAACUUUCAGAGUCAUCAGAGUGGAUGUAGUAGAACAUCCUGGUAUUUUUGGCAUACUGCAUUUGACAUACUAUGUAUUAGGACAUACUAAAUCUUUUCCUGGCUUACUAUAUAGUAUGGGUAUUGGAAUGCAGUCAGUCAACACUUCAUUAUUUUAUCCCAACAGACAUUUCUGUGCAAUUUUGUUAUAUGUAUGAAUUCUUGCAGUUUUGUAAAAAAAACGUGUUGUGAGUGCACAGUGACCUUGAUCUUUGACCACCAAAUUCUCAGCAGUUUAUCAUUGAGCCCAGCUGGACAUUUGAGAUAUCCCAUUAACGAGAAAGACGGAGGAGGUCACAGUGACCUUUGACUGCCACAUACUAAUCAGUUCACUGUUAAGUGGACGUUUGUGCCACAUUUUAAGAAAUUUCCUUAAAGAGUUCUUGAGAUAUUGCGUUUACGAGAAAGACGGAUGCAAGAUUACAGCGACUUUGACCCACAACCACUAACAUGUAAUCAGUUAAUUGUUGAAUCCAAGUGAACAUUUGUGCCAAAUUUGAGGAAAUUGUCUCAAGGCAUUUUGGAGAUAUAGCAUGAGAAUGAGAUGGACGUUUGACUGCCAAAUUCUUAUCAGUUCACUGUUAUGUGGAUGUUUGUGCCACAUUUGAAGAAAUUCCCUCAAGGUGUUCUUGAGAUAUCGCGUUUACAAGAUAGACGAAUGCAAGAUCACAGUGACUUUGACCUUUGACCACCACAAUGUAGUCAUUGAAUCCGAGAGGACAUUUGUGCCUAAUUUGAGGAAUUUAUCUUGAGGCAUUUUUGAAAUAUUGUGUGAACAAGAAUGCAACAGAUGAGGUCACAGUGACCUUUGACUGCCAAAUUCUAGUCAGUUUACUGUUAAGUGGAUGUUUGUGCCACAUUUGAAGAAAUUUCCUCUUGAGAUAUUGAGUUCACGAGAAAAAGCUUUAUGCAAGAUCACAGGGACCUUGACUUUUCACAACCACCAAAAUGUAAUCAGUUCCUCAUGGAAUCCAAGCAGAAGUUUGUGUCAAAUUAGAGGAAAUUAUCUCAAGGCAUUUUUGAGAUAUCGUGUUAACGGGAAAGAGAUGGACGUUUGUGCCACAUUUGUAUAAAUUCUUUAAGGCAUUCUUGAGAUAUUACAUUUACGAGAAAGACAGAUUCAAGAUCACAGUGAUCUUGACCUUUGACCCACGACUAAAAAAUGUAAUCAGUUCAUCCUUGAGUCCAACUGGACAUUUGUGCCAAAUUUGAUUAAAAUUCCCUGAAAGCGUUCUUGAGGUAUCGUGUUCAUGAAAAUGGGAGAG